AUGGCUCCCCCACCUCCCGACCGCUCCCCCAACCCCAGCCUGACGGAAGCCUCCCCGGCGCCGUCAGCCACCCCCAACCACCACUCCGGCGAUUCUGGUAAGUCCCUGUCUCCCGACGCGGCGCCCUUCUUCCUCCACUCCGCUGGCCGGUCCAAGAGCAUGCGCUGGGACGACUUCUCCCUCUCCGACGACUCUGACGGCUCCGACGACGAGCAGCGCCCCUCCUACCUCGACAUCGCGCGCCGUGGACUCUCCACUUCCUCGCCUGCGGUGAGCCCGGCUACGGCCGAGGGCGCUCCCCAGGCGACGACUAGAUGCGGGACCAACGACAUCACAAUCUCCGCCGCGCUGGACGCCAUCGUCGCAGAGGCGGAGAUCGACGGGAACGACAUCAUCCUCAGGCACUUCUUCCCGGAGAACUUCAUCAUCCUCUGCGCUUCCCAAGACGUCCGGGACUGUGUGCUCGCGGCCUCCCCGUUGCCGCUCGGAGCUACGUCGCUGGUCCUGCGCCUGGCGCACGCCGAGCUCUCGGUGUUGAAGUUCCGCGUCUCCCUGGUGAUAGACUUGACAUGA